GCUCCGAGAGACUCCCAAAAUAAUACCAGAAGCUUUGAGGAAUAUUGAGCUAUGAGUCUUUUGGUCAGUUUAUAAGACUUUGGCGGCUUUAGGAUCUGCGUUUCGAGUCUGUGUCCGUCCACAUAAACCUGACUGCCUGAAUCAUCUCAGCACGCUGUUUACGGGAUCAGAGGAAAAAUGUAGUAACGCACGUGCUUAACGUCAGCAAGAACAUCAUGGUGAACAAGGAGGAUCUGGAAAAAAACCUGAAAAAGCUGCUUGUGCGGCUGAAGAACAAUUUAGAGGAGGGACAGCAGCUGGGCUCCAUGCUCCAGAUCAUCCAGGAUCUCCUGUUUCUGGCGCACGCAGAUGAGUGUGCAGAAGAGUUGUUUAAAGACAAAGAUGUCCAUAAGCCACUGGUGCUGCUCCUCUCAUCAUGCUGCAACAGCAAACUUCAGCAGGUGGGAUGGUCCCUGCUGUGCCGGUUGAUGGAGAUCUGUCCUGACACCUUGGACAAGCUGGUUCCACCUGGUCAAGCUGGAAAGGACUGGGAGGUUCUCGGGGUGCACCAGCAGAUUCUGAACAUGCUGACUUUGCAUCAAAAAGACCUGAGAGUGGUCAUGGUAGGGCUGCGAGCUCUAGCCUUGUUGCUGAGGUCAGAUGAGCUGAUGUUGCUGGUUCUAGAGGAGGACAUGGAUGUGUUUGAGCUGGUGGUGGAGGCCAUGAAGGCUUUUCCUCAUAGUGAGGAGCUUCAGUUCCAGGGCUGCUCUGCUCUCAGCAUGCUGCUGCAGCGAGUUCCAGAGGAACAUCAGGUGGAGUUUAUGGAGAAGAAGGAUCAUGCUGUGGUUCUGAAUGUGCUCCAAAGGUUUAAGGACAGCGAGAAUGUGGUGCUAUCUGCACUACAAGUCCUCAUACCAUUGGCUGAACCUGCCAGCAAUGUGGAGAUUCUGAUGUCCAAGACUGAGAGAUGCUACAGUGUAGUGUGUCGGGCAGUGGAGGCAUUCUCAGAAUCAGAGGCCGUACAGGAGGCGGGGUGCUGCCUGCUGCGGAAAUUUACUUCAGAAAGUUAUUUCAAUAUCCUGGUGCUGAAUGGUGUGCACAGAGCGGCACUGAGAGCAUGUCUCUCCUAUCCUGACAACGGAAAGAUCCAGGCUGCUGCACUGUCCUGUCUGGCUGCCCUCACAAAAACAAUCCUGGAGAAUGAAGACCUCAAGCAGACAUGCAGUGAGGAGGAGGAUGAAGGAGGUAAAGAAGAUGCUACGGACAGUAAUGAUGAAGAAAGCCUGGUUUGGAGAGAUGCUUGCUGCACAGCUUUAGAGAGACAUAGUGACGAUGCUGAAGUCCAGGAGGCUGCUUGCUGGGCAUUAAAUGGUCUGCUGCUCUACGGCAGUGCACGCAGUAUAUAUGAGGAACCUAAAGAAAGGCCUCCUGUGUAUAUACAGGUAAUGACUGUGAUGCUUGUGCACUCCUCAUGUUAUGGGGUGUUUCGGGCAGCGGCAGCUACACUGGGCACUCUCAUACGCCGACACAGUAAAAUGAGGUCUCGGCUCCUGGCCAGUGGCAUUCAUUACAACAUUGUGGAACUGAUGAAGAGACAUGCCAGCUCCAGUGAAGUGUGUGAGAGUGCCUGCAGGCUUUUAUACACACUAUUCCAGGGAGGCAGGAGUGUGAAUCUGGACGAAGGAACCAUGGCUCUAGGUCAGAUUUUGAUCGUCAUGAAGGAUCAUAAUUUCCAGCCUGAGGUACAACUGGAAGGUCUGAAAGCCAGCCUGGUGCUCCUCAACCCGGACCUCAGUUUGAGGGAGCAUGGUGUAUCCAUAGCAGAUCCGGACAUGAUGGAUGUGUCUCUAAGAGUGCUGAAAAAUCAGUGUGUGGUAGAAGAAGCUCACACUGUCUACCUUCAAGCAUUAAACAGGUUUAUCAGCAGUGAAGAUAUUCAGGAGUUUGGGCUUGCUGUUCUAACUACGCUGGCUGAUUGUUCUGGAGCAGUUGAUGUAAUGUGCCAGCAGGGGGCGAUAGACACGGUGCUGCAUACACUCCAGAUGUUUCCUCAGAAAAGCAAGAUUCAUUACUGGGGUCUGAGCCUCCUGUUUCAUCUCAUCUCAAAAAAGAAGCUGUCUCACAUGAUGGUGCCCGUGUUGGUGUCGGUCCUCAUCGCCUCUUUGAGGCAGCACAGGGGCAGUGCAGAGAUGCGGCUGAAAGCUUUUCAGGUGAUAUGGAAACUGCUGGACACCUGCUCGGGCACAGCGGCCGAGCUGGAGAAAGAGGGCUUUGAGAAAGACAUCUUCCAGCAGCUGAGGGAAAGCUCUCCUGAUUACAGAUAUGAUCUAAAGCUCAGCUGCCUGUGUCUGUCGAGGAUGGUGGUGGACAGUGAGAUCCACUACCGCAUGCUGGAGAGGGCGUGUGAGGAGGGUGACGUGGUCAUGGCUGAGUGUCUUAUACAGCUGGGUGCUGACGUCAACAAGAAAACCAAGACAGAGUCUCUGAUAUAUCAGGUAUGUGAGCGUGGUGGCCCUUUGGCUCUGGUCGAGGUGCUGCUCAGCAGCGGUGUGCAUGAGCAGCAGUUGCGUGGAGCUCUGAGUGUCUGUGUGAGGAGGAGAGACAGCCCUGUGGUCAUCCUCCUCCUGGCUCGUCUCGGUCUCGACCCCACCAACAGCGCCCUCUGCUUGGGAGGCUUCAGACUCGGCCAUCUUGAGGCAGUUUGGCUCAGUGCGCUGCUCUCUGAACACAGAGAUCCCCCUACCGCACAGAAGAGGAACAGUAAAGGGCAGUGGCUAGCAAGACAGAUACAGUCCCUGCAGAAGGAACACGUUGGUGUGAAUACUUCAGAAUAUUUCUCUGAUGAUGAGAGUGAUGAGUCUUUUCACACAUCUCUGGAUGGCAGCGUGUUUUUUACGCUUGAAGACAUGGAGAGUGAUGGAAGUGAUAGCCCUUCAUCAGGGAGGACCUACUGUGAUUCACCAGAGGACCUGAGGGGGCGCUCUAACAUGAGGCAGCAGGACAGAUCCAGGCCUGAUCUUUCAGAGGGAAGCAACAGCGAUCCUAAUCUCAGUCAUUCCUUUAAAAAGAGACUGGAAAGCAGGAAGGGCAAGACCCAAAGAGCUCUGUUAUUUUCUGAGAGUUCUUCCCCUGGAGCAUUACUGUCGAAUGUGGACAGAGAUCAUAUCAGACUGCUAGAUCUAUCAGGCAAUGAGCUGGACUCUCUCUCAUGCUUGAUGGAUGAGGGUUCUGUCCAACAACAGCUUGAGCAUCUACUACGGCUGGAUUUGAGCAGCAACAGCUUAGCAGAGUUUCCCAGUGCUCUGUGUCAGAGCUUGAGGAGCCUCACACGCCUUGAUCUUCAAGGCAACCAGUUGCAGUCACUUCCUGCUGGUCUGCUGAGCCUGCCCUCAUUAAACACACUGAAUGUGUCACGAAACAGUGUGGGUCCUGAGCUCUGUCUGGAUCCACACGUGUGCUGUCCAUCACUCCGCCAGCUGAACCUUUCUUUCAACCACAUCACUGUUUUCCCUUACAGUCUCAGCCAAGUCAUGGAAAAUCUAGAAGAACUCUCACUAGAAGGGAAUCAAAUCUCAGAACUCUCCCUUCCUCUCUGUCUUGCUGAAAUGAAGGUGUUUGAUAUUUCUAAGAAUAAAUUAACAGUGAUCUCUGAUGGUUUAUUGUCUGCUUGCACCAAGCUGGAAACAUUCAAUGCCUCAGUUAACCAUCUUAGUUGUUUGUUACACCUUCCUUCUAAGAUAACAACGCUGAAAUUAUCCCAGAACAAUUUUGAAAGCGUUCCAGAAUCAAUUACCAGUCUACCAAAUUUGCGGUCAGUGGACAUGAGGAACAACAGUAUCAAGGUUCUGCCCGGUCCAGCCUCCUGGGCCAGUGCUAACUUAAGAGAGCUGAUAUUCAGCGAAAACCAGAUCUCUGUGCUGGACCUCAGAGAACCUGUGUAUAAAUGGAUCCGUCUGGAGAAACUGCAUCUGAGUGAUAACAGGCUGACUGAGCUUCCUCCUCAGAUCGGGCUGCUGGAGGAGUUGACCUCUCUGGAUGUCAGUGGUAACUCUGGUCUGCGCUCUUUUCCUGAUGAGAUGGGUAAGCUGGUUCGACUGUGGGAUUUGCCCUUGGACAGACUGCAGCUGCAACUGGACCUCAAACACAUUGGUAACAAGACCAAAGACAUUGUCAGGCACUUUCAGCAUCGUCUGAAGAAGGCUGUUCCUUAUUUCCGGAUGAAGCUAAUAGUGGUGGGGAAUGCAGGCAGUGGGAAGACCACUCUGAUCCAGCAGCUAAUGAAGCUCAAGCGUUCACAGUUUUACUUUGACCUACACUCCACGAGCAUCACCGUCAGAGACUGGACCAUCAGAGACCGUGAUAGGAAAAACAUGCUCCUGAACGUGUGGGACUUCUCAGGUGGAGAGGAGUACAGUGGCUUCCAUUCUCAAUUCAUGAGUUCCAGAGCUCUGUAUUUAGUGCUAUAUGACCUGAGUAAAGGAGCCAGUGAGCUGGACACCAUCAGACCCUGGCUCUUCAAUAUCAAAGCACUCGCCCCUGUCGCCCCUGUGAUUCUGGUGGGAACUCAUUUGGAUGUAUGUGAUGAUGACCUGGUACAGGAGUGUGUGUUUAAGAUUCAGGAGGAAGUGUUGUCCCAGCCGCUUUUCCCAACCAUCAGAGAGCGUCACAUGCUGUGUGCUUGUGAGGAGUCGGAUUCUAUCAGCAGGCUGCGCAAGGCCAUCGCCAGAGAGGCUGGCAGCUUUAAGAUCCAGGGGCAGCCGGUGAUGGGGCAGCUGGUCCCAGAUUGUUAUGUAGAGUUGGAGAGGAGGCUUGUGCAGGAGCGGAGCCGUGUUCCUGUUGAGUUUCCCGUACUCAGACACCAACGCCUCCUGCAGCUCAUUGAGGAGAGCCAGCUGCUGCUGGAGGAGGGAGAACUUGCUCAUGCUGUUCGCUUCCUCAGUGAGACCGGUGUGCUCCUGCACUUUGAUGACCCUGCUCUACAGCUCAGAGACCUGUAUUUCAUCAAUCCCCAGUGGCUCUGCAACACCAUCUCACAGAUGCUGUCUCAGGAGAGCCUAUAUGAGAGGGGGGUGAUGCAGCGCUCAGGUGUGAAGAAAUUUCUCAGUGAGAGCCUCUGCUUUCCAAAAGGACACCUCAUGCACUACUUCAGGCUGCUGGAGAAGUUUCUAAUCGCCUUGCCCUUGGGAGAGGAGCAGCUACUGGUGCACUGCGGUUUGUCUGAUCACAAGCCGCUGAUUGAGAUUCCUCACUGUGAGAAUUCAGAGAUUAUUGUGAGGGUCUAUGAGAUGCCUUAUUACCCAAUGGGCUUCUGGUCCAGACUGAUCAGCCAGCUUCUGGAGGUCUCCACCUUCAUGCUCCAGGGUAGAGAGAAAGCUUUGAGGCCAAAUCGAAAUUACUGGAGGACAGGGGUAUACCUGAACUGGUCUACUGAGGCAUACUACCUAGUGGAAGCCUUUUCAGUAGUGAACAGCCCUGCCAGCUUUGUUAGGAUCACCGUGCCUUGCUCCCGUAAAGGUCAUGUGUUGUUAGGUCAGGUGGUGGAUCAUAUUGACUCUGUGCUGGAGGAGUGGUUUCCUGGCCUCCUCAACACCGAUAUACAAGGGGAUGGGGAGACGCUGCUGAAGAAAUGGGCAUUUUACAGCUUUGACGACACGCAGGACUGGAACAAGAUGCUGCUGCAGGAUCUGCUUAAACACAGCGAUAAAAAUGGUCUGUUGGUGAACUCAGAGGAUCCUCGCUUUACAAUCCCCACCUCCCAGAUCUGCCCUGACCUCAUGCUGAGUGACCAGCCAGCUAGUAUCAUGUUGGACCCUGAGGAGCUAGAAAUGGAUCUUUCUAACGAGUACCUGCUUGGAAAUGGAGGCUUUGGCUCAGUGUACAGAGCGAUAUACAAAAAUGAAGACGUUGCUAUGAAGAUUUUCAACAAACAUGCAUCCGAGCUCUAUGUUCAUAGAUUAGUAAGACAGGAGUUGGCUGUAUUAGGCAGACUACACCAUCCCAGUCUUGUGGAUCUACUAGCUGUAGGAAGCUCCCCCUAUGUGCUGGUGAUGGAAAUGGCUCCAUGUGGUUCUCUCGACUCUCUGUUUGAACAUGAAAACUGCAGCUUGAAUCGCAAACUGCAGCACAGGAUCGCACUACAGGUGGCUGAUGGGCUCAGAUAUUUGCACUCUUCAAUGAUAAUCUACCGGGACCUGAAACCUCACAAUGUGCUGCUGUUUAAUCUGAAGACUGACUCGGAGAUGAUCGCUAAGCUGACUGACUAUGGCAUCGCUCAGUACUGCUGUAGUAUGGGACUCAAGAGCUCUGAAGGCACACCAGGGUUCAGAGCACCAGAGGUGGCACGUGGUAACGUGAUCUAUAAUGUUCAGGCAGAUGUUUAUUCGUUUGGUUUGCUGCUAUAUGACCUUUUGACCUGUGGUGAGAGAAUUUCAGAUGGUCUAAAGUUCCCCAGCGAGUUUGAUGAAAUAGCCGUGCAGGGAAAGUUACUGGAUCCAGUGAAACAUUACAGAUGUUCUCCCUGGCCCGGGUUUCAGAACCUAAUGAAAGAGUGUCUGAGAGAGACCCCAGAGAGCAGACCCACAUCUGCACAGGUGUUUGACUGUCUGAACUCAGGAAAGAUGCUGUGUUUAAUUAGUGAGCUGACUCUGCCUGGGCUGUCCUGUGAGUGUUUCACUGUCUCCUGUCCCAGUGGAGGUUUGGGAGGAGGUGUGAAUGGUGGUGCUGGGGCUCAUGUGUGGACCGGAGGUGGCAGUAGCAGCCAGAAGCUUGGCUUUGUCACAUGUGUAAAUGUAGAGACUGAGAAACACUCCACACAGGAGAUUGACCAAAGCCCUGUCCUCUGUCUGGUGACUGUCAAAGUGCCUGGAGAAGUCCACGACUGGUUAGUUGCAGGAACACAGAGUGGCUCACUGGUGGUUCUAGAUGCAAGGAACAUUAAAGUUUUGCACUGUUUACAGAGAGCGAAGGAUGCAGUGACCUCACUCUUCUUCCACACACCAUCUCAGCGCAGCUGCUUAAAGAACUACCUUUUAGUGGGAACAGCAGAUGGAAUGCUUGUCAUUUAUGAAGACUCAGUUAUAAAGUGUGCUGAUGGUGCUCCAGUGAAGCUUGUGCAGGUUGGGAAUGUGAACACACCCCUGAUGUGUCUGGCUCCAUCUGGUCAUUAUCAGGACCGUACCACUCUGUGGGCAGGCUGUGGCACCAGGGUGCUCUCUCUAACUGUGGACUAUGACAUCUCUAAGAGUAUAGACACCAGGUCCACGUUUUAUCAUCAGCAGCAUCUGGCCAGCAGUGAGGCUUGUAUCUCUCGCCUGGUCGUUGAGAAGUUUGUGUAUCUGAGCAAAAAUGGAGGACACAGUGUAGAGGUGUGGGAUAAGAAGACUGGGAAGCUGAUUGACUUCAUCAACUGUGUGCAGUUACUUGGGAAGGCCAAAGCUGUGAGUCUCGACAGUUCGAAAGAGUCAUUGUCGGCUCGUGUGAAGGCUCUGUUGGUACAGUAUAAUGGCACGCUGUGGAUAGGCACUGCAUCUGGACACAUCCUGCUGGUGGAUCUGUCUACACAUCAUCUACUGCAGGUUAUCAACUCUGGCUGCCAUUCAGUGCGCACUAUGGCCUCUGUGCUGAUUGAAACACAAGGACAAAAAAGUGUGAUUCUGAUGUUGGGCAGACGUAUUCACAUGUCUCAGGAGAAGAUCCAGUCCCAAUCAGAUAAGGAUGCUGUGUUGAUGAUGUGGAGCAGUAGUCUCUCUCAGGAGGUAAAGGAUCUGAACAGACACUGUGAGCUGAGAGAGAAGAUUACGUACAAAUUGCAGGAACAGGCCUAUGACUGAACUUUAUCUUUAUUUUCACAUCUGCCACACAUGACACUAGUGUAAAUAUUAACCACUCAUUGUUCACUUGUUGUGAAUUUGUGUCAUUUCAUUGGGACUGAAAAAGGGAUCCGCGUGUUAGUUUAAAAUGUUGCACAAUUAAAGAAAAUCAUUUUAAAAUACUUAUUUUAAGAUACCUUUUGUUAGGACAGCCUUGUUUUGUACUACCUUCACAGUAUAAAAGCUAACUUGUCUCUGGAGAAAUAUUUUGCAUUACAUUUCAUAAUGUUUUUUUGAACAUUUAAAAUGGAUGGUAUCUACAUUUGUGUAAUGUUACCUACAUUGUUCUUGGAAAUGUAUUUUAUAAUCUCAAGUGUCAGGCUGAUGGAGAAUUGUGGCAGUUGUACAAACUGGUCACAUUUUCCUGAAAGUUUUCAGAACUCACGUUAGUGAUCCUCGUCCUGAGAGCAGUUUUAGACACUAAAAAGUAGAUGUCUGUAGGAACAGUCUGUAGGAGUGCAACAGACAGAAUGUUAUGCUGUAAUGUGCUGACAACUUUAUUGUUCCCUCUCCUUAGUUCCCUAAAGGUUCUUUUGAUACUCUGAUAAGGAAACUUGUAUAAAUACACACAUACACAUAUGUUGCCAAAAGUUUUGGGAUGUCUGCCUUUACACAUGAAUGUAAUAUGGAGUUGUCCCACUCUUUGCAGCUAUAACAGCUUCAACUCUUCUGGGAAGGCUUUCCACAAGGUUUAGGAGUGGUGUGUGUGUAUAUAUAUGUAUGUAUGUAUAUGUAUAUGUGUAUAUAUAUAUAUAUAUAAGAAACUGUAAGUGACUGUACAACAGACAGUUUCUAUGUAUAUUUAUAUACCGUAUAUUAUAAUUAUUCUUAUUUUGCAAAGGGAUUGUAACUCUGUUAAAAGAACUGGACAAUAAGCCAAAGAUAGAGAAUUCUCUGAACAAUGUAUUGCUUAUUUUUACUCAAAUAUGAAUGUGCAUGCCAAUGUGAUUUUGUACCUUUAUUGUUCUGUUCUGUUAAGAAAAAAAUAUUAUUAUUAUUUUUUGUCAUUAUAAAUGAUGUUUCUCUUUUAUAUUUAGUUGUGUAUUCUAUUAAUGCAAGGAACUCAAGAUACUCUUACAGAGGUCAUAAUGGAUAAUUAUAAAUGCCUAACAGAACUCUAUGUGCAUAUAUUGCAUUAUAAGUAGUAUUAUAGUUUCAGUAGAAUGUUGAUGUUUAGGGAAGAAGAGCCUCAAGGGAUGAAGUGAUUCACUGGAUUGCGAAUGUCACAGCAGGCAGGAGAGGGUGGAGUGUGACAGGGGAAUUCUGGACUGAAUGAGGACAGAUGAUCAUGACCAAGCUUUUUAAACUGAACACUAAUCUAAUUUCAGAUUGCUUGUGUUACACAGGAAUUUGCAAAAACAAGAACUGAAUUAAAUUUAUUGACUGUAAUGUGCACUAGUUCCACUGACUAUUCACUUUAAAGAGUUUAAGGCUUCUUGUUUAUGUAUCCAACAUCAAUAAUCAUCUAACUGUGUUGGAUUUUACUUAUACUGGUACAGUUUUUUAUUGUCACUAUGCCCUGAAACUUGUUUAUCACUGACUGCAGCAAGAUAUACCAAGUAGAAGUCCUUUAAUAUGGUGCUCUGUAUUUUUCUCCAGCUUUCUUCAAUAAAUGUUUCUCCAGCUCCUCUAUAAGCUCC